CUUAGAAAGUUAUUAAUUGCGCGCUUUAUAUCUUUGAACUGGGUCGAAGAUAGCGGUAGUCGACAGCUGGCAACAAACGUUCACUGUAUCAUCCUGUAAACAUAUUGUUUAUAUCUUUGACAGCUAACCUCACCUUACCUGCUGAAAAGCUGAAAAGUAUAAAGACGCUACUUCUAUUAUACCGAUUUCCGCUAGUAAAAACUAUCUACAUCCCCAAUAAUUAGCAAUGGCUUCGUCUUUUGAAACUGCAGACAGGUGCAGCUGGUAUUUUGGUGCUCUGACUAGACAAGAGGCCACUGAUAUUUUACAAGCAGAACGCGAGAGUGGGGUCUUUCUUAUUAGAGAUAGUGCAACUUGUAUUGGGGACUAUGUACUCUGUGUUAAGGAAGACAACAAAGUUAGUCAUUAUAUAAUAAAUAGAACUCAACAGAAUGAAGAGGUCAAGUACAGAAUUGGAGAUCAGCUGUUCAUUGAUUUACCCAGUUUGCUUGCUUUUUACAAACUUCAUUACUUGGACACUGCACCACUUAUUCGGCCUGCAACAAAGAAGCUUGACAAAGUCAUAGCAAAGUUUGAUUUUGAUGGAAAAGACAAUGAUGAUCUUCCAUUCAGGAAAGGUGACAUACUCACAAUUUUGACAAAAGAUGAAGAGCAGUGGUGGACAGCUAUGAACAGUGUUGGUGUGAGUGGAUCAAUUCCAGUUCCAUAUGUUCAAAAGAUUGAUGAUGGCCAACAGUUGAUGGACUUAGGCUCAACAUCUUUUGCAUCAGCUUUCAGUAAUGACAUUUCUCUGAAGAAAUAUCAAACACAACAGAGAAAAUUGCCAGCCAGGGCUAGAGUAAAGCAAAUGAGAGUCCCCAAUGCUUAUGACCAAACUGCAUUGAAACUUGAAAUUGGUGACAUAAUUGUUGUAACUAAGACAAAUAUCAAUGGACAGUGGGAAGGAGAAUUGAAUGGUAAGACAGGACAUUUUCCAUUCACUCACGUUGAAUUCCUGGAAGAGGAGGGUUAAUUUUUCAAAGGUAUUAAGCAGAUACUUAACGAAAUGUUUCUAUAAAGAGCUUAAUAUGUUUGUAAUCAAAAAAACACAUAGAUUGCAUGUGUAAACUUAUUGUUUCUUGCUUUCUCUAAGUGUAUUUUUGUGCAAUCAAACGUUACUUAGCGUUGUUAAUGAUCAAUGUUUUAAGAGUAGCGUGCUGCGACAUGACUUCCUAAGUUAUAUCGAUAGGAAUCAGUUAAAGAAAGUAGACAAUUCUGUUGAUUUUUAUAUGUAAUUUAUGAACUCGAUGUUGUUCCAUUCUCGGGUUUUGUCAUACUGUUAACAAAUGUUGACAUGAUUAUGGAACCAACCGUAGCCAAUUAAUUAAGUGGUGGGCCGAUAAACACCAACUGGAAGACAACUAAGCCAAAAAAAACAAUAAUUAAAUGAUAUAUAAGAUGUCGAUAAAAAUAUUUUAUAUACAAUUAUAUUCUUAAAAAAUGAAUUUAACAGAAGAAAUGAUUGUUAUUUAACAACUUUAAACGAUAAUUAAUCUGUUGCU